GUUGCAAAGGGAAAAGCCACGCCAUAGUCAGUAUCCAUCCAAUCCAGCAAAAUUGGCGCUGUUUUGGUUUUUGCAAACGGGCAGUGUCGCUCGUAAAUUGUCAUUCACUUGUGAAACUGGUGCAAAAGCUUUGUGAUGGACAGCCUUAAAUCCAUAUCGCAGGCCUGUUUCGUAUCACUGCCACAAAAGCGAAAUUCAUCGGAAACAUCAAAAGUGCUGGAUGUUGGCAUUAGGGACACCUUAUACCGCGAAACGUGGACACGUUUGGAAAAUGAAAUAUUGCAAUGCCAAAAGGAUGCACAAGCAGACGCACUGAAUGCCAUGGUAGACUUCAUUCGAAGGUCAAAUCCGGGACUACGAGACAGGAAUCAAGUGCCCUGCGGAGCUCUCGUAAUGGGGGUGAACAUGUCCGACCACACGGCAGUCUUUGGGCACUUGACAUCCAGGCUGAAGGGUUCGGUCACCAGGAUGGUUUCUUCGCUCCAAGCCAGAGAUUGCAACUCGAUAUCAAGUAUGAUGCAGAAGGUCAUUUCUGACAUCUUGGAGGCUGUCGUGAGUGACGUGGAGAUGAAGAAAAGCAUAUGCACCAUGGCAACACUAUCUGCUUGGCACAAAUCCAUCACGGAAAAGAUGGAGCGGUCCCCUCGGAAAAAAGCGAAACGGUCGUGCACUCUAAACGAUCCCAUGGUGAUAAUAAUUGAAGAAGUCGAGGGAUUUAAGCCGUCUGUUUUGCAAGAUUUUAUUUUGAUUUGCAGCAAUUACAUCAACCAGCUCCCCCUAGUGCUAGUGUUUGGCAUUUCCACCAUGGUCUCUACCAUCCACGGCAUGAUACCCGAACGAGCAUCGUCGUGCCUCUCGAUAGAAACGUUCUCGUCGAUGCCCGUCACGGAAUACCUGAACCGUGUUUUUCAGGAGGUACUGCUGAAUCCGUCAGUGCCAUUCAAGUUCGGCCACCACGUGUUCCAGCUGGUACAGGACAUUGUCCUGUUCCACGAUUUUUCUCUGAUGAACCUCUUGCAGAUACUGAAGAUGUGCCUGUUUGAGCAUUACUACAGUGGGCCCGCUUCUGUCCUCUGCUGUCCCGAAGAUCAACUGGAAGGCGUCGUCCAGACGUUGACUCGCCAACAGAUCUCGCUCAUAAUGAAUCUGCCAUCAGUUGAACGAUGCAUGGAAGACAACAAGUUGUCAACCUCGAAACAAGCGAACCAGAGAAUAUUAAUUGACCUCGUGAAGAUGCUGCAUUCACAUCAUCGAAGCAGCGUCACAAUGUUGAAGGCGCUUCACGAAUUCUCAAAGGACCUCCCAAACUGGCCAUUGGGCCAUCAGUUGAGAGACACGUACCUCCUGUUCCUGCAAACACCCGCUGCCGAAAUGGAAGGUUUCAAAUCCUUAAUAAAACUGACAAGGCUCAUGUCUCGUGACGAGAUCGAAACGCGACUCUGUUCUGCAAUGAAGGUGAUCAAUCGGGAGGAAUCUGUCGUUGACCCCAACAUCGAGGAUCUCGCGAGUGGAAUCGGAUCUAUUUUGGAUAAGCUGCGAGAGAUAACAAAAGAAGAGACUGAAUCGAAGCACGAACAAGAUGGCUUAGAAAGUGUUCCGAUUGACUGGGGAAAUGUCAGAAGUCGUUCCCAGUUCAAAGAGAAACUAAAAAGUCUCACAAAAGCCAAGAAGCAGUCUCCUUUUGAAGCUGUGCGAGAGGAAUUGGCACAAUUUAUUGACAAAACAUUCAGCAUAAUUUCUCCUCCCACCAACCUGGCCUUGCACGAAGCUCUGUACUUUGACGACGCUCUAGUCUUGAAACACUAUUUCUUGCCAUCCCCACGGUCGGUGUUACAUGGAGCCCUCGUGAACCCACAAGCCUACCUCAAGAGCAUGGACGUCCUUCCUGACCUGAGCCUUGCGUACAAAUUGCACUUGGAAGGUGGAAAACUGAUCAACUUGUACGACUGGAUGGAGUCUUUCAGGAGUAUGAAAACAGCACACGACAGCGGAAGAUCUUCGGACAAAGAUAGGUUGGUCGAAGCAGAGUUCUUUCGCGCAGUGACGGAGCUCCAGUUUCUCGGAUACGUAAAAUCCACCAAACGAAAAACGGACCACGUCGCUCGCAUGACUUGGGGUUCUUGUUGAUGAGUAACUCCAGUGUAAAGUGUUCAGACUUCUUUCAAUGUUGUUAUUUGUACCGUAACGUGACGAGGACCGUCGCAAGAAUUUCACGCGCGCGUACAAAAGUGAUGUCUCGGAUUAAAUUAAAUACAAUUUUUAUUAAAA